UUCUCUCAUUUGCUUUAUUCUGCUUCUCUCCAGCCAGCCCUCUGCAAGCUCUCCCCAUGAAUGAGCUACAGGAAAUAACCGAUGGCAUUUCCAAACUGACCAUUGUGCACAAAAUUGUACUCAAGAGUGACUUCGAGCUGCAAGUGGCUAGCUUCGCCCCAAAAAGGGGUGCAUAUAUCCUGGAAGACAGAGCAAAGCAGAUGUUGCACAAAGCCUUCUGGGACAGCCUGGAGGAACAGCUCUCUGCUCAUCCCCCAGACUACACUCGAGCAAUCACUACACUGCUGCAAGAGAUAAAAGAGGCCCUGCUGUUGUCGCUGCUGCCACGGCACAACCAACUGCGAAGCCAGACUGAAGAGGCCUUGGACAUGAAGCUGAUUAGACGGGAGGCUGAGCACGGGGCUUUGGGUAUCCACGGUCUCGCCACGUACGCCCUUGGCACGAUGGCAAGGCUGUGCGUGCCCAUUCGAGAUGAGGAAGUACAAGGGUUGCAAAGCCUCACAGACCCUGCUCAGCUUCUCAGCGAGAUUUUCUGGGUGUUGGGCCUGAUGAAAAUGGAUAUGCUGAAUUUUACCAUCCAGAACCUCCAUACCCACUUGCAGGGCCACACUGUCCACUACAAAUGGAAGAAAUUCCAGGAACUCCUGGAUAAGCUGCCUAACAGCCUGGGUCACACAAGUGAAUGGCUGUGCAAAGCAGCAGUGUUGGCGUCCUCCUUGCACUGCCACCCCACCAGGCAGUCGGUGAUUCGCUCGCCGGGGGCUGUCAGCGGUAGCGCGACUGUGCCAAGUCUCACGUCCGUGCAAAAUCGAGGAUACGUGAAUCUCCUUUGCUGGGAGCCUGUGGAGAAGGAAUACCCUGAAACACUGUUUAUGGAUCAGGCCGCACUGCAGGAAGUAUGAGUGCAAGUGAAUCAGCUUACCAUCACAGCUGCAGUGACCAGUGGCAUGUGUGGAGGCACCUUAUGUGACUCACCUGGGUUUGUAGCUAGGCUGAAACAGGUAACACAGGUCCUCUUGGAAGGGCUGUCUUGUACUAGGUAUGAAGACGCUUUAGAAGAUGUCAGCGAACAAGUGCUCCAGGAAGUCAGCAGGACUCUCUCACAGCUGGGUUACGCUGCUUUUACCACUGACAAAUGUGCUUCCCUGAAAGGCCAGACAAAAAGCACUGCAGACAAGGGCAAUGCAGUCUGGCAUGUCAUCGAGCAGCAGCUUCAUUCCUUCCUCAGCCUUUUCAUUUCCCCUGAUGGACAGAAUUCUCUGAAAGAUUUCCCAGAGGGUCUUCAGGAAGAGCUGCUGGAAGUCGGGUGCAGGUUUGGAAGGAUGAUCCGCCACAACAGGCAGGUGUUUGGACCUUGCUACUCAGGGAUUCUCAAGCAGGUGCUUCUCCCAAAUGCAGAACCAGACUCAGCUGCAGGGAUGGAUUCUUUCUGAUCAUCUUCACCAUGUGCUGGGCAGGGGUGGAACAUGCUCUCAACAGUUUCUCAAAUCAUGCCUCAGCUUGUUUAAAAAAAAAAAAAAAAAAAAAAAAAAAUCGAUCGGAGAAAUCCACCCGGGCCCAGCAUUGCUACUGGGAAGUGACAUGGCAGUAUCUGAAUAAACCUCUCAAUGACAAAAGGUAGUGGCUUUUUUUCCUAAAAAAAACUGCCUCAAUUUGGUGGGGAAGGCAAUGGGCUGUGGAGCUCAUAAAACUGCGGUGCAACUUAGGCUUUUUUUUAAUUCAAGGUGUUAAUUCUGCCAUGGGCCUGUAACCUACUUUGCUGACACAUUAGUCACAGCUUAGGGAUGCUGUUUGCAUUUGAUAAAGCCACAUGGUAUUUAAAAUCAUUAAAACUGCUCAAUAUAUUUCAAUGUUAGCUUGAAAAUCUGACUGACUGAAUUAUUAUAAAUGGAGCAUACGGUAUAAAUUUAGCAAUCCCUGGUGUAUUUAGUAUUUCACAUUAGCCGGAUUUUACUUGACAUGAAAAUCUGAACUUUAACCUGUAUUUAAAUGUCUGCAUUUCUUGCUCUAAUUUUACAUAAUGAAAACAUCCUGCUUCUCGGCAAGUAAAAAUCGUUGCUGGGUAAAUACUUCAUAUAAAGGCUGCCUGAACUGUUACAGUUGUUACAUGAAACACUUGCUGCCGUGCUACAGAAAAGCGAUUUUAGUGUUUAUCGUGAGUAAAUUAGGGGCCUGACAGUCCCCAGUGGAACAAUGCUUGCAGGUGUGCAUUAGUGGGGUAAAAAUGAGCUUUUCUCACGUCACAGGGAGAACAUACACAAAGUGGUCAGAGACAGCUGUGCUAGAGGUGGCUCUAUCUUUAACAGAACAUGUGGAUGCAUUUUUAUGCAUAAAUUAGUUUGUCUCAAAAUAGUAAUAUUCAAGAUCUGGGGGAUCACUUUGACUAACUGCAAAAAGAGCAGCUUCAACCAGAGUGACCUCUGGGCAGCCGGCAGUCCCCAUCCCGUGCGCCCCACACCUCGCGACAGCACGGACCCCGUUCUGCUCCCAGCUUGUCGGUGUCCCACAGCCGCAGCACAUCAACCCUGCACCAUGCUCGGACGGUUCUGUGUUCCUCGGAUUUACAAAGCCAAGAAGCGCAGGUACCGUGCUCGCCUGAGCGAAUUAACCACCUUGCAGCCGCC